CCAGUGCAUAUAUAUUCUGACACAUUUCCACCACCUAGGACUGUCUCAUUAAGCUCAACCUCACCCAAAGAAACUACUACUUCUGCCACAACAGUGCACACUUAUGCUAAAACAUCUACACCACCCACAACUGUCCCAUUCAGCUCAUCUACACCCAGAAAAACAACCACUCCUGCAACACCAGUGCAUAUAUAUUCUGACACAUUUCCACCACCUAGGACUGUCUCAUUAAGCUCAACCUCACCCAAAGAAACUACUACUUCUGCCACAACAGUGCACACUUAUGCUGAAACAUCUCCACCACCCACAACUGUCCCAUUCAGCUCAUCUACACCCAGAAAAACAACCACUCCUGCCACACCAGUGCACACAUAUCCUGAAACAAUUGCAUCACCUAUGACUGUCCCAUUAAUCUCACCUUCACCCACAAAAACAACUACUUCUGCCACAACAGUCCUGUUAAGCUCAUCUUCAGCAAAAAAAAAAAACGACUUCUUCCACAACAGUGCAUACUUAUUUCAAAACAAGUCCACUAAUGACAGUCUCAUUAAGCUCCUCUUUGCCUAGUAAAACAACUAUUGCCGGACAAACAGGACUUGACAAAUAUCCACAGUCUUCCACUGUUCUGAAAAGUUCAUCUUCACCUGAAAACAUAACUGCUCCCUCUACAGCUGUGCAUACUUACUCUGAAACAUCUCCAUUACCUACAACUGUCCCGUUAAGAUCAUCUUCACCCAUAAAAACAACCACUUCUGCCACACCAGUGCAUAUAUAUUUUGACACAUUUCCACCACCUACGACUGUCUCGUUAAGCUCAACUCCACCCAGAGAAACUACUACUUCAGCCACAACAGUGCACACUUAUGCUAAAACAUCUACACCACCCACAACUGUCCCAUUCAGCUCAUCUACACCCAGAAAAACAACCACUCCUGCAACACCAGUGCAUAUAUAUUCUGACACAUUUCCACCACCUAGGACUGUCUCAUUAAGCUCAACUCCACCCAAAGAAACUACUACUUCUGCCACAACAGUGCACACUUAUGCUAAAACAUCCCCACCACCCACAACUGUCCCAUUCAGCUCAUCUACACCCAGAAAACCAACUACUUCUGUCUCAACAGUGCAUUUUUAUACUGAAACAUCUUCACUGCCUAUGACUUUUCCAUUCCACUCAUCCUCCUCACCUAGUAAAAAAAUGACUCCCUCCACAACUGUGCCUUCUCACUCUAUAACCUCUCCACUACCUACUACUUUCCCAUUAAUCUCAUCUUCACCCAGACAAAUAACAGCUCUUUCCACAGGAUUACCUACUUAUGCUGAUUAUACAUUUUUCCCACCUAUGUUUGUCAAAUCAAGUUCAGCCUACACAACAGUGCCUUCUCACUCUAUAACCUCUACACUACCUACUACUACUUUUCCACCACCUACAACUGUCUCAUUAAGCUCAACUCCACCCAGAGAAACUAUUACUUCUGCCACAACAGUGCACACUUAUGCUGAAACAUCUCCACCACCUACUACUGUCCCGUUCAGCUCAUCUACACCCAUAAAAACAACCACUCCUGCCACACCAGUGCACACAUAUACUGAAACAAUUCCAUCACCUAUGACUGUCCCAUUAAUCUCACCUUUACCCAGAAUAACAACUACUUCUGCCACAACAGUGCACACUUAUGCUAAAACAUCUUCACCACCCACAACUGUCCCAUUCAGCUCAUCUACACCCAGAAAAACAACCACUCCUGCAACACCAGUGCACACAUAUGCUGAAACAAUUCCAUCACCUAUGACUGUCCCAUUAAUCUCACCUUCACCCAGAAAAACAACUACUUCUGCCACAACAGUGCACACGUAUGCUAAAACAUCCCCACCACCCACAACUGUCCCAUUCAGCUCAUCUACACCCAGAAAACCAACUACUUCUGUCUCAACAGUGCAUUUUUAUACUGAAACAUCUUCACUGCCUAUGACUUUUCCAUUCCACUCAUCCUCCUCACCUAGUAAAAAAAUGACUCCCUCCACAACUGUGCCUUCUCACUCUAUAACCUCUCCACUACCUACUACUUUCCCAUUAAUCUCAUCUUCACCCAGACAAAUAACAGCUCUUUCCACAGGAUUACCUACUUAUGCUGAUUAUACAUUUUUCCCACCUAUGUUUGUCAAAUCAAGUUCAGCCUACACAACAGUGCCUUCUCACUCUAUAACCUCUCCACUACCUACUACUACUUUUCCACCACCUACAACUGUCUCAUUAAGCUCACCUCCACCCAGAGAAACUAUUACUUCUGCCACAACAGUGCACACUUAUGCUGAAACAUCUCCACCACCUACUACUGUCCCGUUCAGCUCAUCUACACCCGUAAAAACAACCACUCCUGCCACACCAGUGCACACAUAUGCUGAAACAAUUCCAUCACCUAUGACUGUCCCAUUAAUCUCACCUUCACCCAGAAAAACAACUACUUCUGCCACAACAGUGCACACUUAUGCUAAAACAUCCCCACCACCCACAACUGUCCCAUUCAGCUCAUCUACACCCAGAAAACCAACUACUUCUGUCUCAACAGUGCAUUUUUAUACUGAAACAUCUUCACUGCCUAUGACUUUUCCAUUCCACUCAUCCUCCUCACCUAGUAAAAAAAUGACUCCCUCCACAACUGUGCCUUCUCACUCUAUAACCUCUCCACUACCUACUACUUUCCCAUUAAUCUCAUCUUCACCCAGACAAAUAACAGCUCUUUCCACAGGAUUACCUACUUAUGCUGAUUAUACAUUUUUCCCACCUAUGUUUGUCAAAUCAAGUUCAGCCUACACAACAGUGCCUUCUUACUCUAUAACCUUUCCACCAUCUACGACUUUCCCAUUAAGCUCUUCUUCAACCAGAAAAACAACUACCACUGCUACAACAGUGCAUACUUAUGGUGAAACAUCUUCACUACCCACAACUGUCUUAUUAAGCUCGUCUUCACCCAGAAAAACAACCACUUCUGCCACACCAGUGCAUAUAUAUUUUGACACACUUCCACCACCUAUGACUGUCUCAUUAAGCUCAACUCCACCCAAAGAAACUACUACUUCUGCCACAACAGUGCACACUUAUGCUGAAACAUCUCCAUUACCUACAACUGUCCCAUUAAGCUUGUCUACACUCAUAAAAACAACCACUCCUGCCACACCAGUGCACACAUAUUCUGAAACAAUUCCAUCACCUAUGACUGUCCCAUUAAUCUCACCUUCACCCAGAAAAACAACUACUUCUGCCACAACAGUCCUGUUAAGCUCAUCUUCAGCAAAACAAACAAAAACGACUUCUUUCACAACAGUGCAUACUUAUUUCAAAACAAGUCCACUAAUGACAGUCUCAUUAAGCUCCUCUUUGCCUAGUAAAACAACUAUUGCCGGACAAACAGGACUUGACAAAUAUCCACAGUCUUCCACUGUUCUUAAAAGUUCAUCUUCACCUGAAAACAUAACUGCUCCCUCUACAGCUGUGCAUACUUACUCUGAAACUUUUCCAAUGACUCCAACUGUCCCAAUCAGCUCGUCUUCACCCAUAAAAACAACCACUUCUGCCACACCAGUGCAUAUAUAUUUUGACACAUUUCCACCACCUACCACUGUCUCGUUAAGCUCAACUCCACCCAGAGAAACUACUACUUCAGCCACAACAGUGCACACUUAUGCUAAAGCAUCUCCACCACCCACAACUGUCCCAUUCAGCUCUUCUUCAACCAGAAAAACAACUACCGCUGCUACAACAGUGCAUACUUAUGGUGAAACAUCUUCACUACCUACAACUUUCUUAUUAAGCUCAUCUUCACCCAGAAAAACAACUACUUAUCCCACAACAGUGCACACUUAUGCUGAAACAUCUCCAUUACCUACAACUGUCCCGUUAAGAUCAUUUUCACCCAUAAAAACAACCACUUCUGCCACACCAGUGCAUAUAUAUUUUGACACAUUUCCACCACCUACGACUGUCUCAUUAAGCUCAACUUCACCCAAAGAAACUACUACUUCUGCUGAAACAUCUCCAUUACCUACAACUGUCCCAUUAGGCUUGUCUUCACCCAUAAAAUCAACCACUCCUGCCACACCAGUGCAUACACAUGCAGAAACACUUCCAUCACCUAUGACUGUCCCAUUAAUCUCAUCUUCACCCAGAAAAACAAUGACUACAGUGCAUUCUUUUGCUGAAACUUCUUCACUUCCUUCGACUGUACCGUUAAGCUCAUCUUCCCCAAGAGAAACAACUACUGCCACCACAGAAAUGUAUACAGGCUCAUCGUCACCCAGAAAAAGAACUACUCCUGCUACUACAGUGUAUACUUACACUGAGUCACCACCUUCAACUCUAACCUUAAGCUCUUCUACACACAAAAUAAGAACUACACCUACCACAGCAUUAACAACCUUUGUUUCAUUGCCUCAACCAGACUAUACAACAUUAAGAACUCAAACUCGGACCACCAUUACUGCUUAUUCAAUCCCUUCAACCACAUCUUCUUUCAACACAACCAGGUUUCCCUUCUACACCACAAUGUCUAAGAUGACCAAAACCUUAAAAACUUUAGCCACCACUGAAGAACUAAAAACUGGAUUGAGCUCUUUCGCCUCAACAACUGAAAGCAAAACAACACUAACAGUUGAAUGUUAUCCAAAGGCGUACAACAUAACUAUAACGGUGGGAGAAUGCAGCACACCAGAAAUGAUAUCUAUGAAUUAUUGUGUUGGACAUUGUACUACUUAUUCCAAGUUUUCUCUUGAAUAUCAAAAAAUGAUGCGAACGUGUUCUUGCUGCCAGGAAACAGAAACAAGCACCAAGACCAUUGAACUCAGUUGUCUGUAUGGUGAAACACAAUCUUACACCUACACCCAUGUGGAGGACUGUGCCUGCGUGAUCUGUCAAGAUGAAAAUAUUUGAACUUUAGGAUGACCCCGAGGUCCUGCCUAAUUAACAUGAGCUAUUGACAUAGUUUAGUCGAAUUGUGGGCUGUAUUUACAUUUGUAUAAUAUAGAAUACUAAUAUAAUAUAGAAUAAUGCACCAACGUAUGGUAAAACUUAAUACAGUGAUAAGGGUCAAGGCAAUGUGAAUUUGAGACAUGAAACUGAUGUUUUGGAUAUAAAGUAAAGCUGAAAGUGUCGGUGAGAUGACUUAAUAAAUGUUUAUGAUUAUU